AUGGGAUCCAGGGCUACUGAAGCACCCAUUACCGGUGAUCAAUCACGCACAACAGAACUUAGUACAGGCAGCGACGGAACUGGCUCACCAGGCGUGACAACAAGCGUUGCUUCUGAAGGCAUUGGCGCAACCACCGACGAACUUACCUCCGUCGGACCCGGUGCCAUGAAUACUGCUCCAGGUAUCCAGACGACGGGCGGGACAUCAGAGGGUCUUAAUGAGAACAAGUCUUCUGUCCACAGUGAGGAUAUCGACAAUGGAUCGGCAACAACCACCGGCAACCAAGACUCGGAUAUUCCUACCGCACCGCUUCCAACAAUAAGUGGUAGGUUCUCGACAGAUCUUCCUAAUGAUGGCACAAGAACUUCAUCUGGCUUACCAGAUCCAAGCACUACACUUUCAGGUGUCACUCUGAACCCUCAUGAGACUUCGACAGACAAUGAAGUUUCCACGAUUCAAUCCCAACUUGAGACUGCCUCAGACGCCGAUGUCUUCGUGACUUCGUUUGUUCUGAUAUCGCCUAAGGCCGACAGCACUCAUGUUGGAGAUGAUGCCAGGACCAUUACGCUUCCUAGCGAUCAAACUUCUUCCUUCAGUGACGGUACUCGUCCUGGCACUGAACCGUCGACAGAGUCGUCUUCAUGGUCUACUGAAGAGGUUCUUGGCAGUACUGAUGCUAUCUCUGACCUGCCUGUAUCCACAAAUCAUGCGACAGAAAGCAAUGGAGAUGGUGAAUCAUCCACAGAUGCAGGAUUGGACCUGACGCUACCCAGUUUGCCAAGCAUCGACUUAACUUCUCUGCCAGGCACGUUACUUCCCAUUCAGACAGACGAGUCUACGGUGCUAGAGUCGAUCACCAAGGAACCAAUCAUUGAAUCUUCAACGACGGAGGGCGCAGUUGGUGCCAUACCUGUCCCGACCUUUUCUGACGAUCCUGCCGAGGAGAUGAGCACUCCUGAUGACUGUCUGGGCAGAACAUGCACGGUGGACAAGGAUUGUAACGAUAUUUCCUGCACAAGAGGGGGCGACUGCUUUGGACCAAACUGUACAAAGGCUGGUGUAUGUACAGGGCCCAAGCGCACGCGUGGUGGCCAAUGUCGAGGAGAAAAGUGCCAAUUUGGUGGUGGAUGUGAAGGUGUUGGAUGCGUGGUGGGAGGAGGUUGCUUCGGUAUCAACUGUAUUUUUGGCGGAACUUGUGUCGGUCCUUCAUGCCACCAAGGAGGGCCCUGUUCUCAAAAGGCCUUGGGCGAUUGUCCUCCCGGGAAGUGUACUGGGAAACAAUGUGACGAUGAGGGAGAUGAAGAUUGCACUAGUAAAACAACCGCCGAGGUUUGCACUGAGACAGUCAGCAGCACUGUGAUUACGACAAUCCCAACAACAAUUUCGUCGACGACAACCAUGAUCUCUUGUCGAACGCUAACGGAAUGCGACAUAACCGACUCAACGACAACGACUACGAUGACAGGCACUGAGGAGCCAGACCCACAGGCGACACCGGAGGGCUUUUACGAUUAUGAUGUGGAAGAAAAGACGCCUGAUUCCUUCUGGGAUGAUCUUGAGGAUGACUAUGAUGAAUGGCUUAGUGAAGCUGACCGGAUACCCACUACCACCACUACAACACAGCCGCCAACAACGUCUGCUACGUCGACGAAACCCCGUAGCACUGUGACAGUAACAGCACAGCCCGAUCCAACGCCCGAGGCAAAAUGUUAUCAGAUGGGCGCAGAGUUAUCUUGGAAAUUCGAGAUAAGUGGUAUCCUCAACUGGGCUGAUGAUGGAGGGGCGAAGCUCAAGAAAGAAGAAAGCGGUUGUGGCGGAAUCACAUAUUGGGAAUGGCAGAGUGGUGAUAACAGCAACCUGGGUCAUAUGGCCUCUUUCCACCUUCCAUUGUUUAUGAAAUCAGGUUGUGUGGAACGGGCUAUCGUGUCGGCGGGAGGACCCAAGAUUAAAUGA